AUGUCCUCAAGAGUUGAACGUAUGUUUGCUGGUCCUGCUUUGAAAGUGGGCAACUUCUUGGAUAAAUUUCCCAAAAUUUACAAUGUAUGGUUUAUCGCUAGUAUUUCAACCAUUGCUGGUUUGAUGUUUGGAUUUGAUAUUUCAUCAAUGUCUGCAUUUAUUGGGGCAAAAGCAUACGCAGAGUACUUUGAUAACCCCGGAUCCACAUUACAAGGAUUUAUCAUCGCUGCCAUGGCGUUGGGAUCCACCUUUGGAUCAAUUGCAUCCUCAUUUGUUUCUGAGCCAUUUGGAAGAAGAUUGUCCCUUUUGAUUUGUUCUUUGUUUUGGAUUGUCGGUGCUUCUAUUCAAUCUGCUGCUCAAAAUACAUCCAUGUUGAUCGCUGGUCGUAUCAUUUCAGGAUUGGGUGUUGGUUUCGGUUCAUCGGUUGCUCCAAUUUAUGGUGCUGAAAUUUCACCACGUAAGAGAAGAGGUGCUGUCAAUGGUCUUUUUCAAAUGUCUAUUGCUAUGGGAAUUAUGAUUAUGUUUUACUUUUGUUACGGUGUUGGUCAUAUUAAAGGUGUUGGUAGUUUUAGAGUUGGUUGGGGGUUUCAGAUUGUACCUGGUGUACUUUUAUUCUUUGGAUGUUUUAUUAUUCCUGAAUCACCACGUUGGUUGGCUAAACAGGGUAGAUGGGAACAAUCAGAACUCAUUGUUUCUAAGAUUCAAGCACAAGGUAAUUCUGAAGAUGAGGAGGUUUUGAUUGAGAUUGCUGAAAUUAAGGAACAGUUAUUGAUUGAUAAGGAGGCAAAGUCAGUUGGGUAUGCUACUUUAUUCAGAAAGAAGUACAUUAUGAGAACUUUUACUGCUGUCUUUGCUCAAAUCUGGCAACAAUUGACAGGUAUGAACGUUAUGAUGUACUAUAUCGUCUAUAUUUUUGAAAUGGCUGGUUACAGUGGUGAUGCUAACUUAGUUGCCUCAUCUAUCCAAUACGUUUUGUUUGUUGCUUGCACAAUUCCAGCAUUGUUUUUCUUUGACAAGUUUGGUAGAAGACCAGUCUUGAUUGUUGGCGCAGUGUUGAUGAUGAUUUUCCAAACUGGUCUUGCUGGUAUCUUGGGAGCAUACGCUGUUCCAUGGGCAGAUUCGGGUAAUCAAUCAGUCAACAUCAAGAUCCCUGCCGAAAACAAAGCAGCAUCUGCUGGUGCCAUUGCUUGUUGUUACUUGUUCGUUUGUUCUUUUGCUGCCACUUGGGGUGUUGGUAUUUGGGUUUAUUGUGCUGAGCUUUGGGGUGACAACAGAAUCUCGCAAAGAGGUAACUCCUCAUCAACAUGUGCCAACUGGGUCAUUAACUUUGCCAUUGGAAUGUACACUCCAUCGGGUUUCAGAACUAUUAGUUGGAAGACAUAUAUCAUCUACGGGGUAUUCUGUCUUGCCAUGGCGAUUCAUGUUUACUUGGGCUUCCCUGAAACUAAAGGUAAAAGGUUGGAAGAAGUUGGCCAAAUGUGGGAUGAACAUGUUCCUGCUUGGAGAUCAGCUUCUUGGACACCAACUAUCCCAUUUACUGGUGACUCUGAACUGGUGAGGAAAUUGAGUGUUGACCAUGUUGAAUUUACUGCUUCUAAAGAAAAGGAAAUCGUUACUGUUGACGAAGCUAGCUCAGCUGAGUGA